AUGAGAAUUGAAGUAGAAAGUUGUGAUCAUAAAGUAGAGAUCGAUUCCAAAGUCACUAAGAAAAUUGAGCCAACUCAGGGAAAUAAUUAUGCAGACGUUUUCAUACGGAAGAAACCUUUGAAACAAUCACGACCAAAGAAAUUCCAAAUAGAUCGAGCAUACAAUGAAAUUGUCGAUGAGGAUUACGAAGAUCUGGACAACCCACUGUUUCCGGAGGUGUCACCGGAGUCGCAAUUAGCUUUAACAAAUAAUGAGGAAGAAGUGGAUAGUACAACUAACGAAGUAGGAAAUAAACAUAUCGCUCGAACUCAUCACUACUUAUACAACAUAACCCAUGACCAAGGACUAGAUACUAUCAUUUAUGUUCCGUUUUUGGAACGAAUUCUGAGUGGCGUAAGUGGUCGGAUCUACACGGUUUAUCCAGGAACAAUAUGGUGUGGCGUAGGCAAUCAAGCCCAGGAUGAAUCAUCGAUAGGCUAUUUUAGCUCAACGGAUAGGUGCUGUCGCGACCACGAUUUGUGUCGAGAUUCAAUUCCACCGAAGGCGAUAAAACAUGGUUUGCGAAAUCCUGGGUUUUUCACGAGAUCACACUGCGAUUGCGAUCGAAAGUUUUAUCGAUGUUUAAAAUUCGAUAAUUCCUUCGUUUCGAGAAAGAUAGGAAUGGCUUACUUUAAUAUUCUAAGACCGCAAUGUUUUCGCAAGGAGUUCCCAAUCAUGUAUUGUUGGAUAUGGUUUGAUGGAAGGUGCUUGAAUUAUGUUGUAGACGAUACGAGAGCUAAAAGCUGGCAGUGGUUCGAUAACAAACCGUUUUAGGAAGACCAGAGGGAAUGAAACAGAAGACGCUCAAUUAUCCCCUUUCGCCAAUGAAUUGAAAUUAGUACAACAGUUCCGCCCGCUUUCAGUAAUAAUAGAAAUCAACCUCACAGUUUCCAUAGUCAUCCCCCUGUAUUUAUUCCUCAAUUUCACUGUUAAUUUUGUUAAUAAGUUUACUCAUUUAUCAUACAUGUAGUGAUUGUGACCUCUCUCUUAUGAACAUACAAUAAAAAUAAACACUUAAAAUACACGCUGUUGUUUAUAU